CCAUUAUUUGAUCACAAUUAAUCUCUCAUAAUUCUCUACCCUUCUGCUUGAAUCAAUCAACCAUGAUCGGAGGCAAAGACGUUUACCACGUAGUGGAAGCUCUCGUGCCCCUCUACGUGUCCAUGAUCCUAGCCUACGGCUCCGUGCGUUGGUGGAAGAUCUUCACCCCCGAACAGUGCCUAGGUGUGAGUCGUUUCGUGUCGAUGUUCGCAGUCCCUUUCCUUGCUUUCUUUUACAUAAUGCAAAACGACCCUUAUACCAUGAACCUCAAGUUCUUAGUCGCGGACUCGCUCCAAAAAGUGGUGACCAUCGUGGUGCUGAUCCUGUGGAACAGUUUCACCAAAUGGGGUAGCUUCAACUGGAGCAUCACGCUCUUCUCCCUCGCUUCUCUCCCCAACACACUCAUCAUGGGAGUCCCGCUUCUGAAAGCCAUGUACGGGGACUUCACCAAGAGUCUCAUGAUCCAAAUCGUGUUCUUACAAGGUGUCAUUUGGAACACUCUUUUGUUGUUCAUGUUCGAGUAUAGAGCCGCCAAGCUUCUCAUUUCGCAACAGUUUCCCGACACCGCAGGGGCCAUUGCCUCGUUCAGGGUGGAUUCCAAUAUUAGCUCUCUCAGCGGAAGGGAACCCUUGCAUGCUGACGCUGAAAUCGGAGAAAACGGGGUACUCCAUGUGAGGGUUAGGAGCAUUUCACGUUCUCUGUCUGUGGCGUCUUCGUUGAUGCGCAAUUCGCUUCGAGAACCAACGGAAGGAGCCUCGAAUUUUGAUGUCGCGAGUGCGCAACAUGAUGAUGAGGAGAAUAGGACUUGGAGGAGCAAGAGUUGUAGCGAUGGAAAUUUUAACAACGGUUUGGCUUCCUCGUACCCGAAGCUUCCUGGGUCUAAAAGUAGUGGUCAAAGGAACAUAGAUAUUGUGAAUAUCUAUGGCUGUGCAACUAAUAAUAACAGGUUGCAUUGGAAUUCAAAUGAAUUGCCAAUUUCCGAUGCUAGUUCGAGACAUGGUGGAGUGAAUGGAUCUUCCAAGGUCGUUGAUUUUCCACAUGAAACUGUUACCGCUGAAGUAGUGCAUGAGGUUGAAAGUGAGGAAAAUCCUGUGAUGGGGAGCCAGAAGGAGGGGAGUACUGAAGAAGGUGAUGCAAAUAAAAGGCAAAUAAUGCCAAGUGUGGGUGUCAUGAUAAGGCUUAUUCUCACCAUGGUUUGGAGGAAUCUCGUAAGAAAUCCCAAUACCUACGCCAGUGUUUUAGGCCUUGUUUGGUCUCUCAUAUCGUUUAGGUGGAAAUUAAAAUUGCCAUAUAUUAUACACCGUUCCAUCACUGUCGUGUCUGAUACCGCUCUCGGAAUGUCCAUGUUCAGUCUAGGUAUAUUCAUGGGAUUACAACCCAAGUUCCUUACUUGUGGAAUACCUAAGGCUGUUAUGGCAUUGGCAAUUAAGUUCUUGGUUGCUCCAUUAGUGGUUGCUGCAACCUCAAAAGCCUUGGGUAUCCGUGGAGAACUUUUUGCUGUUGAAAUUAUUCAGGCUGCUCUUCCUCAGGGUAUUGUUCCCUUUGUAUUCGCCAAAGAAUAUAAUCUCCACCCAGACAUACUCAGUUCAGCGGUUAUCUUUGGCAUGGUGAUUGCGUUGCCCGUAACAAUAAUCUACUAUGUGAUUCUUACGGUGUAAAUGUGUAGUAGCGAAACAAGUGUAGGCGCAAGUGCAACAGUUCUGCGUCUACAAGGACUGAGGUGGAUGCCAUAUAUGAAGACAUAUCUUAUUGGUUGCCUUUGCUAUAGAUAUACAAUACUGAGCUGGCCAGCAUAGUUAGGAGGGUGAGAGUU